CCUUGUUCGGAUAGAAUUAGUAUUCAGAGUACCCUUUAUAAACAAGUUGGAGCAAGUGCUUUUCUCUUGGAAAAAACAAACAAACAUGAUGUCAGUUUAUGGGAAAGCAAAACAAAGCACGAUGAAGAGGAAUUGUAGGAAGAAACAGAGGAACUACUGUCCGCAGCAGGCAUGUAAGUUAUCUGUGUUGCCAGAUGAAAUCGUAAUGAAUUGCUUGGCCUUUGUCCCAAGAUUGGACCACGGAUCCUUAUAUCUGGUCUCCAAGCUGCACCGCUCUCUAAUGCUUUCCCCGGAGUUAUACCAAGCCCGAUCCCUAAUGGGUUGCACCGAACACUGCAUCUAUUUGUGUUUAAGCAUCCCUUCAGACCCGUUCGCACGCUGGUUCGGCUUCUACCCAAAAGCCCCCGUAAAUCAUCCUAGUCGGCUGCUUCAGAUCCGGCCACACUUGUAUCAGCCUCCUGAAGCAUCUUCCGUGGUGGCCCAUGGUUGGGGUAUCUAUGUGAUUGGUGGGAUGAUUGGCAGGAAGCGAUCAUCCAGGGUCUUUUUCCUGGAUUGCCGAUCUCAUACGUGGACCAAUCUCCCCUCCAUGGGGUUCGCUCGAGCUUCUGCUGCAGCUGGCGUGGUGGACGGGAAGAUAUACGUUUUUGGAGGUUGCAAGAAACCAAAUUGGGCAGUGGAGGUUUUUGAUCCAAAGACGCAGACUUGGGAUGCCUUGCCUCCUCCGCCAGAUGAUCUGAACUCCUCUUCGGCCUUAAUGCACGAAAUCGCACUGAUAGAGGAGGAGAAGACAAAGAAGAUUUUCGGUUUGAAUGACAAAGGUGAUGGACUGCUUUACAUUCCGAGUCAAGGCAUAUGGAAAACAGGGAACUCGGAUACCAACGAACUUAGAAAGGGUUGGCAUGUGAUCGACAAUGUCAUCUACUCUUGUGUAACCGGUGGGUGGAUAUUGUGGUGUGAGGCAAGUGAUUUGGAGGAGUCCGCGGUUGGGAUGAAGUGGAGACAAGUUAUGGGCUUGGAGGAUCUAAGGGGCACCCUUUGUGCCUCCAAAGUGGUCAAUUAUGGUUGGGGUUUGCCAUCCCUACACCUUGACGGUAUAUUUCCCGGUCACAAACUGAGCAACUCUGGUCCCAACAUGUUACUCUUCUGGGACUCUCCUGCUAAUAGGAAAUGGGAGAUUUGGUGUGCAGAGAUCUCUUUACAAAGGCGCAAAGAAACUGGCGAGAUUUGGGGAACUGUUGAGUGGUCCGAAGCCGUCACAACGAUCGAUUAUCCUCUACAUCGGCCUCGUCACUGUAAAAUUUUAUAUUCUCUAUCCUUCAAUCUUUGAAAUCUCCCUCUCAACUCUACUUUGAAAAUUUCCAAGCCAACAACAAUGUGUUUAGUGUUAAUACUCCUCCCCCAUCAAAGAUCGUGCCCUCAAAGUUGAUGAUCUUGAUAUCACUUGAGAAGCAACAAGACAAGUCCCCUGAGGUAGAGAUAUCUGAGUGAAGAGAAGAGAAAUAAUACCAUUUGGUCGCUGUGUUGUGUUUUGUGCAGAAGACAAAGAGAGUCAAAAUUUUAGUUAGUACAGAGAUGAUCUCUGCAACUAAACAAAUCAACAAGUAUUUUCCAUGAUAAUUUUGUAAAACCUGUAUCAAAAAGAAACAAUAAUGCUAAUAAGUGUAAGAAAGAAAAAUUAUGAAGCUCA